GAGAGGGGCCCUCAUCAGAGAGGGGCCCUCAGCCCCCCCAGAGAGGGGCCCUCACCAGAGAGGGGCCCUCAGGACCGUACAAACGUCUGCAUCGGCGCUCCUUUCAUUUCGCUCUCCGCUCUCCGCCGGUUCUUGAUGGUUUCAGCCUCCAUGGUUCUUUUUAUUUGACUUUCCGUUGUGGGUGGGGUCUGUGCGGUCCUGUGGGGACGUCUCCACGGUAACAGGGGUUUAUGUUCUCCUACUUUUAUAUCCACAUAUGUUUGUUAACGUUUGAAUCGUUGGCUCCUGCUCGUUGGUUCUGAGAGUUGUCUUGUGUUCAGAGGCUUGGGUUUCAACAUUAAUCACAAUAUCUGUUUGAUCUUCAACCAAUUAAGGAUCAUCUGACUUGCCAAUAUAUAUAUAUAUAUAUAUAUCUAUAUAUCUCUAAAUAUAUAAAGAGGAUCCAGUCUGUAAUGAAACACUAAGUUUCUCUCCUUUAAAGUCGUGGUCCUGUGGCCACCUGGAGCACCAGACCUGUACUGGGUUUUAUCAGUGUGUCUCUGUCUCCAGGUCGCUCUCUGGGGAACUCUUCUGUUUGCUCACCCUUUCAGUGCCCAAGUUCUUCUCUCAGUCUGAUUUUUAAAGUCAUGAAAAAAAAAUUAUUAGGCGCUGCAUGUGUUUUCAGUCUUUUUGAAAACUCUUUACAUGAAAUAAUAAACCUGGUUCAUCGCCCACAUAGCGUUCCUGUCCUUUGUAAACAUGUGAAUGAUUCUUUAUAAAAGUUGUAUCCCAAAUGCAAGUCAUCAUUAUUUUUAGUUAGACAUCCUUAUUCAACACUAAAAGGUUUACGGGAGGGGCCCCGGGCUCCCCCCCCCCUACUCCUCUGGUCCCUGCGGUGACCUUUGACCGCCUUCCCGGGUCAGAUGCAGGACUUGGCGAGUAGGUCGAACUUUUACUUUGAAGGUACGAAGCGGACCCCAGAGGAAAGGAAAACAACAGAGACGCUGUGACCAACAUGUCCGCCGGGUCGAUGCGUCUGAACCACAACACGAGUGCAGCCUGGCUGAGGUUCCUCCUCCGGGGUCAGCCCACCUGUAGACCUGCCCUGCAGGUCAGAGGGGUCAGCGCCGUCCAGCCAGGGACCUCUGCCCCCGACGAGGCCGCCGCCCGGGACCCCCACGCCCCCCCGCUGUUCUCCAGGUCCAGGACCGGUCGGUUCUUCCAGGCCCAGCCUCAGCUGAAGAACCCCUUUCUAGAAGACCCUCUGCUAGGGAGGUAUCUCAGGAGACACCUGCCCCCCCAGCAGGCCGUGUUCUCAGACCUGCAGGCGUUUGGGGAGAGGAUCUCAGGUGAGGUGGACUCCUGGGGGCGAGAGUGUGAGGUCAACCCCCCCAGGCUCGUCCCCUUUGACCCUUGGGGUAGAAGGGUGGACCACAUCGUGACCUCGCCCGCCUGGCAGCGCAUGAAAGAGCUGUCUGCCAGGGAGGGGCUGGUCGCCAUCGGCUACGAGAGGUCGUGUGGUGAAUGGAGUCGCGUCCACCAGAUGAGUAAGCUGUUCCUCUACUCCCCGUCGUCCGGUCUGUUCACCUGUCCUCUGGCCAUGACCGACGGAGCGGCCAAGGUCAUCCAGUCUCUCGGGGUGCCGCCGGCCGUUGACUCCGCCUACAGGAGGUUGACCUCUCGCGACCCCGAGCGGUUCUGGACGUCUGGCCAGUGGAUGACCGAGCGGAGGGGCGGAUCGGACGUGGCCGCUGGCACGGAGACGCUGGCCGAGCCCCAGCCGGACGGGUCCUACCGGCUCCACGGCUUCAAGUGGUUCACCUCCGCCACGGACGCCGACAUGACCCUCACCCUGGGCCGGGUGGUGGGCCGUGAUGGAUCCAUCCCCCCGGGCAGCCGGGGUCUGUCCCUGUUCUACGCUGAGGUCCGCCGGGACCCCCAGGGCCGGCUGGAGGGCAUCGAGGUCCAGCGGCUGAAGGACAAACUGGGGACCCGGCAGAUGCCCACCGCGGAGCUGCUGCUGGACGGCCUGCCAGCGCACCGGUUGGCGGAAGAGGGCCGAGGCGUAGCUUCCAUCGCUAACAUGCUAACGGUCACCCGGAUCCACAACAGUGUGGCUGCCGCCGCCGCCAUGAGACGGGUGGUGCAGCUGGCCCGGGACUACGCCACCCGCCGCUCCGCCUUUGGCCGCCGGCUCCAGGACCACCCGCUCCACCUGCAGACCCUGGCCAGGAUGGAGGUGGAGGCGCGGGCGGCGUUCCUCCUGGUGAUGGAGGUGAGUCGCCUGCUGGGCCGGGAGGAGACGGGCGUGGCCUCGCCGAUGGACCGCCACCUCCUCCGCCUGCUCACCCCCGUCCUCAAGCUCUACUCCGCCAAGCAGGCGGUCGCUGUGGUGUCCGAGGGUCUGGAGAGCUUCGGGGGGCAGGGCUACAUGGAGGACACCGGGCUACCAGGACUGCUGCGGGACGCCCAGGUGCUGAGCAUCUGGGAGGGGACGACCAACGUGCUGUCUCUGGACGUACUGCGCUGCGUGGCUCGCAGCUCCGGGCUGGUCCUGCAGGCCUACUUCACACAGACGCAGGCCCUGCUGGGGCCCGCCUCCAGGCUCCCCCCCCUGGCUCCGGCUGUCGGGGCACUAGAGGGCGCUCUCUCGGCCCUGGGGGUCUUUGUGGAGGAGGCGGCCGCUAGACCCCCCAGCUACCUGGAGCUGGCGGCCCGGGACCUGGCCUACAGCCUGGCCCGCAUCUACAUGGGUGCGCUGCUGGUCGACCACGCCUCCUGGGAGGGGGCGUCGCCAUCAGACACAUACGCUGCCCUCAGGUGGUGUGAGCAGGACUUGUGCCCAGUGGGGGCCCGGGAGAGGGGGGGCCACUACGACGCCAGCACCCCCACCUGUGACGCAGCGCUGGUGUACGACAAGAUGGACUGAUGGAGCAGGCUGACGGAGGAGACUGACGGAGCAGACUGACGGAGCAGACUGACGGAGCAGACUGACGGACGGAGCAGGCUGACGGAGGAGACUGACGGACGGAGGAGACUGACGGAGGAGACUGACGGAGGAGACUAACUGACGGAGGAGACUAACUGACGGAGGAGACUGACGGAGGAGACUGACGGAGGAGACUGACGGACGGAGCAGACUGACGGACGGAGGAGACUGACGGAGGAGACUGACGGAGGAGACUGACGGACGGAGGAGACUGACGGAGGAGACUAACUGACGGAGGAGACUGACGGAGGAGACUGACGGAGGAGACUGACGGACGGUGCAGACUGACGGACGGAGGAGACUGACGGACGGAGGAGACUGACGGAGGAGACUGACGGAGCAGACUGACGGAGCAGACUGAUGCUGGAGAUCCACUAAACCUUUAAGACAGGAUGGAGUGACGGAGGAGAAAGACUGACGGAGCAGACUGACUCAGACAGACUGACGGAGCAGACAGACUGACGGAGGAGUAAGACUGAUGAAGCAGACUGACGGACGGAGCAGACCCACUGAACCCGUCCAUCGUGCCCAGACCCCCCCCACGGCCUUGCUGUUUGUUUCACUCAGAGCUUUAAUCUCAGGAGCACAGAGCCUGGCCGGCAGCCAUUAGGAAAUACAAGUCCCUAUUGUAUGCCUUAUCUGCCUUGUGUGUGUGUGUGUGUGUGUGUGUGUGUGUGUGUGUGUGUGUGUGUGUGUGUGUGUGUGUGUGUGUGUGUGUGUGUGUGUGUGUGUGUGUGUGUGUGUGUGUGUGUGUGUGUGUGUGUGUGUGUGUGUGUGUGUUUUAACAUGGACAGUUUCAGGGUCAGUAAUUCGCAACACCCUGUCGUUUCCGGGCCAACGGCGCUGCCCCCUGCUGGGCAAAACACGUAAUGAAUGUGAACUAUAGAAAUGUAGGUAUUAAUCAUGUUUUUAAAUGAAAAUAAAUAGUUCGGAUUAUUAUACUCUUCCAAAACAAUGUUUUGUUACAUGUGAAUAAAAUAGAAAAAGCAUUACUUUGACUCCGCUUACU